GACACAUAGUAAGGCAGUCGUAUCUUAAGAUCUUAUUUAAUUUUUAUACUAUAAUGUGGAGAUAUCAAUGCUUGUUGUUAGCGAUAUUGCAAGUUGCAUUUGCAAGACCAAAGAUAAAUUUAGGCUUUGAACACGGCUACAAUGAUUAUUACGAACGUCCACAAUAUGCUUUCACGUAUGGAGUCGCUGAUCAUUCAACAGGCGACGUGAAGUCACAACAUGAGAGUCGAGAUGGAGACGUCGUCAAAGGGCAAUACUCCUUAGUGGAGCCAGAUGGUUCCAUACGUACUGUGGACUACACAGCUGACCCUGUGCACGGCUUCAACGCGGUUGUAUCUAAAAUUGGACCGAGUGUGCACGCAGCACCUGUGCAUGUUACACCGAUACCACCAGUACCUGUGCAACCGAUCAUAGGAGUUCUGCCAAAACCAGUGCAAGUUGUACCUAAGCAAAUCAUAUACGCAUCUCCGGCACCUUAUGCUUUUCCCAAGGUCGAGGGGCCGCACUAUCCAGAAUAUGACGAAUUUGAACUCGACGGACCGUAUCAAUUGUCAUCAAAGAAUUUUUAUUAGGUUCCCAUGUUCAUGUUACAUAUUGUUAAAAUGAAAAGGUACUGUUAUAUGAAGUUAAGGGUGUACACUACGUAAUGCUUUUUAAUAAUUAGACAUUUAGAAUGCGCUGUUUAAUCUUUGUUGUUGAUUUAUAUUGAAACAGUUUUGUCAGUCAUUUAAUAACAUUCAU